CGAGAAGUUCCGGUUGGCUGGAGCCCAGCGGCGGGUGUGAGAGUCGGUGCUGAGAGCCGCUUCCAGGAUCCUGAGAUCCGAAGAAGCCGGGGUCUGAGCGGCUCCUCCAGAGUUACUGAUCUAUGAAAUGGCAGAGAAUGGAAAAAAUUGUGACCAGAGACGUGUAGCAAUGAGUAAGGAACAGCAUAAUGGAAGUUUCACAGACCCCUCUUCGGUACAUGAAAAGAAGAAAAGGGAUCGGGAAGAAAGGCAGAAUAUUGUCCUGUGGAGACAGCCACUCACUACCUUGCAGUAUUUUUCUCUGGAAACUCUUGUAGUUUUGAAGGAAUGGACCUCAAAAUUGUGGCAUCGUCAAAGCAUUGUGGUGUCCUUUUUACUGCUGCUUGCUGUGCUUGUAGCUAUGUAUUAUGUGGAAGGAGCGCACCAACAGUAUGUGCAGCGGAUAGAGAAGCAGUUUCUUUUGUACGCCUACUGGAUAGGCUUGGGGAUUUUGUCCUCCGUUGGUCUUGGAACAGGAUUGCAUACCUUUCUGCUUUAUCUGGGCCCACAUAUAGCGUCAGUUACAUUAGCUGCUUAUGAAUGCAAUUCAGUUAAUUUUCCUGAGCCACCCUAUCCUGACCAGAUUAUCUGUCCAGAUGAAGAAGGCACUGAAGGAACCAUUUCUUUGUGGAGUAUCAUCUCAAAAGUUAGAAUUGAGGCCUGCAUGUGGGGUAUCGGUACAGCCAUUGGAGAGCUGCCUCCAUAUUUCAUGGCCAGGGCAGCUCGUCUCUCAGGAGCUGAACCAGAUGAUGAAGAGUAUCAGGAAUUUGAAGAAAUGCUGGAACAUGCAGAGAGUGCACAAGACUUUGCAUCACGGGCUAAACUGGCAGUUCAAAACCUAGUACAGAAAGUUGGAUUUUUUGGAAUUUUGGCCUGUGCUUCUAUUCCAAAUCCCCUGUUUGACCUGGCUGGAAUAACAUGUGGACACUUCCUUGUACCUUUUUGGACCUUCUUUGGUGCAACCCUGAUCGGAAAAGCCAUCAUUAAAAUGCAUAUCCAGAAAAUCUUUGUCAUAGUAACUUUCAGCAAGCACAUCGUGGAGCAGAUGGUGGCUUUUAUUGGUGCUGUCCCCGGCAUAGGUCCGUCUCUGCAGAAGCCUUUUCAGGAAUACCUGGAGGCACAGCGGCAAAAGCUUCACCACAGGAGCGAAGCAGGCACAUCACAGGGAGAAAACUGGUUGUCCUGGAUGUUUGAGAAGCUGGUGGUUGUAAUGGUGUGUUACUUUAUCCUGUCUAUCAUUAACUCCAUGGCACAAAGUUAUGCUAAACGGAUCCAGCAGCGCUUGAACUCAGAGGAGAAAACUAAAUAAGCAGAGAAAGUUUUUAUCUGCAAAAAUUAGCGUGGUGGGGUCCUGCCUUACAUGAGGAGGGCUCUAACCAGGAUGGAAGAUCCCCGUUUCCAACCUGUAUUGAUUUUUAAAAUGUUCUUCCUGAAAGCAGUUUAGUCCAUAUUUUACACUGACACACUUUUCCUUUAUGUGUUAAGGUAAGGUCUCCACCCUCAGUUCAAUCCACGUUGUAUUUCGUUAGGGUGGGUGUGAUGUUCUGCUGUGAACUAAACAAAAACUGGCCUUCUGAUACUUUCACAGGGACACAGGGUCCAUGGAGAACCCUGGCCACACAGAAUGCUCUAAAGUAUGCUCUAAAUAUGUCAGGCUUUUUAGGCUUGUCACAAAUGAUUGUUUUUUCUAAGUCAUCAAAUGUAUAUAAGUUACAUAUAUAUUGGAUAGCAGUCUUGCAUGUCUAUCAUGGAACAAUUUAAUAUGCCUUCCUUUCCCACCCUCCAAAAGGCCAUUUUAUGAUGCAUUGCACACCCUCUGGGGAAAUUGAUCUUUAAAUUUUGAGACAGUAUAAGGAAAAUCUGGUUGGUGUCUCACAAAUGAGUACACCAUUUUUUAUUCUGUAUAUUUAGAAUGAAGUCAUGAAAAACUUUAUAAAGACAUCUUUGAUCAUUCCGAAA